UUUCCCCUGUCCUGCUGCUCUGUGUAGUAUCUUCAUCUGUUCUCUGAGCUUGCCCGGGCGGAGUUGAGCUCUGUCUUGUGUUUAUUCCAGGGGGGCAAAUUAGACAGACCAUGGCUUCAUUUAAACUUGAUUUCCUGCCUGAGAUGAUGGUGGAUCAUUGCUCUCUGAAUUCCAGUCCUGUAUCCAAGAAGAUGAACGGCACCAUGGACCAUCCAGACCACCCGGAUCCAGACUCCAUCAAAAUGUUUGUGGGACAGAUCCCUCGCAGCUGGUCAGAAAAAGAACUGCGGGAGCUAUUUGAACAGUAUGGCGCCGUCUAUGAAAUAAACAUUUUGAAAGACAGAAGCCAGAAUCCUCCACAGAGUAAAGGUUGUUGUUUUAUCACUUUCUACACCCGUAAAGCAGCAUUAGAAGCACAAAAUGCUCUGCAUAACAUGAAGAUACUUCCUGGGAUGCAUCAUCCAAUUCAGAUGAAGCCAGCUGACAGUGAGAAGAAUAAUGCAAGCCUGUGUGACCUCCCUGACUGUCUUUCUGGUACUUUUCCUGUAGCAGUUGAAGACAGAAAGUUGUUUAUUGGAAUGGUGUCUAAGAAGGUUAAUGAGAAUGAUAUCCGGGUUCUGUUCUCUCAGUUUGGUCAAAUAGAAGAAUGCAGAAUUCUGCGGGGACCCGAUGGGUUGAGCAGGGGUUGUGCAUUUAUCACAUUUUCAAGUAGAUCUAUGGCACAGACAGCAAUCAAAGCCAUGCACCAAGCACAAACCAUGGAGGGAUGUUCCUCUCCAAUUGUCGUCAAGUUUGCAGACACACAGAAAGACAAAGAACAGAAGCGCAUGACACAACAGCUCCAGCAACAGAUGCAGCAAAUAAAUGCAGCUUCUGUGUGGGGGAAUCUUGCAGGACUGAACAGUCUGGCACCACAGUACUUAGCACUUUAUUUGCAGCUCCUCCAACAGACAGCCGCGUCCAGCAACCUCAACUCCCUGAGUGGCCUCCAUCCCAUGGGAGGUGAGUACUCCACCGAGACAACAUCAGGACUCAGUGCCAUGCAGAUACAGAACUUGGCAGCUUUAGCAGCAGCUGCCAGCGUUGCGCAGAACCCAGGCAGUAUGGGCUCAGCACUCUCUUCCAACAGUCCUCUCAGCGUCCUGACAAGUUCUGGGUCAUCCCCCAGUUCAAACAACUCGUCAAUGAACACCAUGGCUUCUCUUGGAGCCUUACAGACUCUGGCAGGUGCAACUGCUGGCCUAAAUGUUGGUUCUUUAGCAGGAAUGGCAGCAUUAAAUGGUGGACUGGGCGGUGGUCUCUCCAAUGGCACUGGUAGCACUAUGGAAGCUCUAAGUCAAGCUUACUCUGGAAUCCAGCAAUAUGCUGCAGCGGCACUGCCCUCGCUCUACAAUCAGAGCCUUUUGUCACAGCAAGGUAUUAGUGCUGCAGGAAGUCAGAAAGAAGGUCCAGAGGGUGCAAACCUCUUCAUAUACCACCUGCCCCAAGAGUUUGGUGACCAAGACAUCCUGCAGAUGUUUAUGCCAUUUGGAAAUGUUGUGUCCGCCAAAGUUUUCAUUGAUAAACAAACGAACCUCAGCAAAUGUUUUGGUUUCGUGAGUUAUGACAAUCCAGUUUCCGCUCAGGCUGCUAUCCAGUCAAUGAAUGGCUUUCAGAUCGGAAUGAAACGUCUGAAGGUCCAGCUAAAACGCUCCAAGAAUGACAGCAAACCAUACUGAACUGUACUGCCCUGGGAAGUGAGCGAGAAGGAUGUUCUGAUCCCUUCCUGCCAUUUGUCCAUCAUUGUGCCUCUAAAGCAUGUCGGUGUGGCGUUCAAGUACAUCGUCCAAAUCCUUGUUUCUUCAGCUUCUUUGAUGCUUGAACUCUCACCUCUGAACUUGUGUUGACCCUUUUUUUUUUUUUUUUUUUAUGCUAAUGUGUAUAUUUUACCAUGUUGUUGUUGUGUUUUUUUUUUUCUUCUCUUUGUAUGUUUUUUCUUGCGUGUUGCCAAAUUGGCUUUGCUUCAAAGACUGCGAAGAGGGACACAAUAUUUAAAAAAAAAACAAAAAACAAAAUCUCGCAUUUGAUUAUUAAAAAAAAAAAUAUAUAUAAAUCUAUUUUUCUAGAAAUUCAUAAAAUAACCACUUAAUUUUGGGAUGAUACUUUGUACCUAAUAAUCUUUUGAGCAGGCCUAACUGGCACACUGUUUAAUAUUCGUCUUUUAUUUUUUUUGUUUGUUUGUACCAACCAAAAUUCAAUCUGUAUGUCCUCUCUACUUGAGCUUAGGGGGCUUCUUUGUGUUAUUUUAUUUUUUAACCAAACCUUGUACCUAAUUGGAAUCUCUCCAAAAGAGUCACAUUUUGCUGUUUACAGAUACAAACAAGCUUUUUUUUUUUUUUUAGCUAUGGAGUGUGGUAACUUUGUAUUAUGUGCCCCCUUCACAGCACCUGCAAGCAUACCAGAACUUGUGCUUCUAUCUGCCUACUAAUUUUUUCCCCCCUUUUGGGGAUGCUCUACUUACUCUAUAUAGCAAAAUGUGACCGCUUUUGUUUUCUCUUUAAACUGUGCCAAAAAAAACUACUUUGCCUUGUCCUGUACAUUUCUGUUACUUAUCAACGCUCAGUUUAAUACAUGCAGUAUGACCCUCUUAGGGACAGUUACUGAGCCAAUAGAUUUUGCGUUUUAGAGGUUAAAAAGUACAAAGCGGGGCUGUAAACAUCAUUUUAAACAAAACUGUUUAGCGUUGUCCUUUUUAAUUAAUUUUUGUGUGUGUGUGUUGACUAGAUGUGCAGUUAUAAGUUAUCUGGGCUUGUGUGUUCAGGCCGCACUGGAGAUUCCUGCCCCGACAUGCAGGGUAGCUGUGCUGUAUAACAGCACAGCAUGUUUUGGUUGGCACCAUAAUGAUUAACUGGUGACCUUCAGAGGUCUACCAAAAGUCCCAGUACGAUGGUUACCUUAGAAGAGCUUGACUUACAGGCUGUUGUAUAUUUAGUGAGGGCUGACUAAAGGUCUUGUGUGCAAAAAGUGGAAGAGAAAUAGUCUGUUGCCUACAGCAGGAAGAAUCUUAUUGGCUAUGGGCGACAACUAAUUCAGUGCUUCAUUUUUCAUACGUAGUCCACCAUCCUCUAAAGAAAAUUAAAGGGGAUAUAAAAAAAAAAUAACCUCUGUUGUAAAGUGAGCUGCUUAAUCCACACUGGUAUUAAGAGUCGGUCCAUACAAAACCACCAUUUUGGUUUUGAGUGGGCAGAACCCACCCCACUGGCUUCUUGUGUUUAAGGUGAGGUAACCCCAUUCGAGUUCCCACAACACAAUUUUAUUUUGCUGCCUCAGCAUGUGGAAUAUUCUCUCUCUGGAGGCUAAAAGACAAAUGUUGGGGGUGGGCAGAGCUGGGAACUCGGGUGUUGAAACCUCACAUCACUUUCAGACACUUUAUAAAUGUAUUCAUGUGCGUUUCCAAUGGCCACUCCAUUUUCUGCUACAGUCCUGAGUCAGGUGUUGUCACUAUCCUCGAAGCAUUCUGGGAAACUAAUAUAGUAGUCCCAUCUCACGAGGAGCAGUGCUUUGGUAAACCAGAAUCCCUUUGGUGCUUCUAUGUCCACAGGGUAUAACCCAAUUUUGGUUUUGUGCCCUUGAGCUUCGAUUCAAGCGCUCUUGUUUACUUUACUUUUAUUCUAUGAGGCAGGAAUUGGCACCAGUCCAGUCUAACACACAACUCUGCGCAGGGCUGCUCACAAUGCAUAAGCCGACACAGAAGGUCAUAACUCCUUCUCUUCCUCACAACCUGUCUCAUUGGUGAAGUGCUUACUACAGAAUCAAAACACCUGAGAAGUAUAAUCUCUGGAUCGAAAUAAAUGCCAAAAAAAAAAAGGCUUUCUUCUGACUACUUUUAAAAACAACAAAGUUCUGUGGUGAUUUUAUGCAUUGUCAUAAUGUUACCUCUGCCUUCCUAAUAAUAUCUGCCUGCUUUUUGUGAAUAAUUCUAUAUAAAGUUGCAAAAAAAAAAGAAAAAAAAAUCUUUUGGAGACAAACCUGUGGGCUUUUUUAUUGGUACAAACUGAUUGUAGUUAACACUAGGAUUUUGUACAGUUUUUUGCCUUUUUUCUACUAGAAAACGAUGUAAAGUGAUUUAUUUCACAAUGUGAAGUCGAAAAAAAAAAAUGUUGCCACUAUAUGACCAAGAUGUCCUUCUGUGCUGCCGUAACAGGACUCAUGAAAUCUCCACUAUCCCUUCCUCACAGAUGCUUUUCUUAAUUGUCUUGAAUUAAGUUUUGUUUUUUUUCUGAUUUGCAAAGCAAAAAUUUAGUUAUUUUUUUUGUUUUUUGUUUCUGUGUGAAAUUGUGUUGUAAAAUGUAGAAAAUAUGAAUUUUCUUUAAUGGUUUAAGAAGAUUUAAAAAAAAAAGGUAACCACUACUGCAUAGCUGAUCGCUGAGUUUGUGGAUUAAAAUGAAUUUCUGUUUAAGUUUGAAACCAGUGUGUCUGUGUUAAAUGAAUUAACCCUUUGUAAAAUUUAAUUUCAACCCCCCUCCCCUUUCUCCCGAUAUUUACUGAUGUUUUAAUUGUGCACAAACAUUACACCAACAUACACAGUUCUGACUAGAAGUCAUUUUGUAUACAAAAAGUGUGGUACCUUCCUUUGUUUGUUUGCUAUUAAACUGUUUGAGAAGA